CAGCGACGGCCUCGGCAUCCUUCUAGCAUGCCGUGGAGCUUCGAGAUGCGGCUUACCUGCACGAUUGCUGUAGGGUAGGGCUGCGAAUGGCUCCCGGGCGACGAACCUUGGAACACUCUGUCCGCUUCAGCCAGCCGCAGCGUCUGCAAUGGGCAGCGUGACGUGCUUUUGAAUAUUCCGUCCGUAGCUACGGUAUAUCAGGAGCUGUUCUUCCCACCUUGUGCUGUAAUCUUUUUGGCUCUAAUUAUUCCAUUCUACAAACAUCUCCAGCAGACCCCCAUAUCGACAGAAGCCCUCUAUCCCGCAGAUACUGGCAUAGUUUCCUUCGGCCUCCAUUUGCGUUAGCUCUCUUGUCGCUAUUUUCGCUAUUCUUCUUGUACUCAAGUCAUACUCAUCUCUGCCUGCCGCUGCCUUCCCAGCGCAUCUCCCGACAUCAUCCACCAUGAAACGCCUCUCAGGCCUUUUCUCGGCACCCAAAACCUCCUUCCAGAUCCUUUCGGACCUCCACCUCAACUACGAAUCCCAGUAUCUCACCUUCCACAUCCCAGUCACGGCGCCGUACCUUAUCCUCGCCGGCAACAUUGGUCGCCUCAUCGACUACGAAUCUUAUCUCUCCUUCCUUGUUCGGCGCUGCAACCUCUACGAGAAGGUAUUCCUCGUUCUUGGGUCACUCGAAUUCCACGGUCUUGGUUAUCUCGACGGCCUAGAGCUUGCGGGAAGACUGGAGAAGGAGAUGGGUACAAAAGGGAAGCUUGAGGUGUUGUGCAGGACAAGAUCGGAUGUGGCGGGUACGAAUGUCACGCUACUGGGGUGCACGCUGUGGAGUAAGAUUCCCGAGGCGGCGGAGGCCGCUGUUCUCAACAGGAUCCCGGAAUUUGACCAGCAGGAGGGAAUACGCGACUGGAGCAUAGCGAAGCACAAUGCUGAGCAUGCCCGAGAUCUCGACUGGCUACGCCAUGAAAUUCAUAACCCUAGGAGUUUCGCCGGCUCGGAAGCAUCCGCGUCGUCGUCUCAGCUGGUAGUGGUCUCGUCAUUCGCCCCCGAACUUAGAGAGACCCUGCCGCCGUGGCAGGUGGCAUCCCCAUGGUCCACGGCUUACGGUACCGAGUUGCUUUCCGGUAAUGAUUGGAACGGGGUGAAGGCGUGGGUGUGCGGGGCUACGGGCCGCAGCGGCGAAUUCAAGAAGUAUGGCGUGAAGGUCGCUAGCAACCAGCGAGGUUGUGUAGGAGAGGAAGUCACAGGGAUACUGGAGGAUGGAAUGACGGAGAAAAAGAAGAAGGGGCUGUUUGACAUUACGAAGGUUAUCAGGGUAUGAUGGCAAUAUAUCUUCUCCGGGGAGGCUCGUUCGCAACCCAGUAAGAUUGGUGACCCGAAACACGAUUUUGGGCGUGAGGCCC